UUAUUUGAUCUAAACAUCGCAUAUCUGAAAAGGUAACAAUUUCAAAAGCUAGAGAAAGAGAGAGACAGACAGAGAGACAUACAGUAUGCCUGUCAGGCUGUGCUUAAUUUAAACCGGAUCCUGCCGGAACAGGAUCCAGUACCUCUCCGUUUUGGACUGUUUUAUUCCGGUACCUCUCCGUUUUGGACUGUUUUAUUCCGGUACCUCUCCGUUUUGGACUGUUUUAUUCCGGUACCUCUCCGUUUUGGACUGUUUUAUUCCGGUACCUCUCCGUUUUGGACUGGGGCUGCAGCACCCUUAUGGAAUCACAAGGUUCUGGAGGGGCUGCAGCACCCUUAUGGAAUCACAAGGUUCUGGAGGGGCUGCAGCACCCUUAUGGAAUCACAAGGUUCUGGAGGGGCUGCAGCACCCUUAUGGAAUCACAAGGUUCUGGAGGGGCUGCAGCACCCUUAUGGAAUCACAAGGUUCUGGAGGGGCUGCAGCACCCUUAUGGAAUCACAAGGUUCUGGAGGGGCUGCAGCACCCUUAUGGAAUCACAAGGUUCUGGAGGGGCUGCAGCACCCUUAUGGAAUCACAAGGUUCUGGAGGGGCUGCAGCACCCUUAUGGAAUCACAAGGUUCUGGAGGGGCUGCAGCACCCUUAUGGAAUCACAAGGUUCUGGAGGGGCUGCAGCACCCUUAUGGAAUCACAAGGUUCUGGAGGGGCUGCAGCACCCUUAUGGAAUCACAAGGUUCUGGAGGGGCUGCAGCACCCUUAUGGAAUCACAAGGUUCUGGAGGGGCUGCAGCACCCUUAUGGAAUCACAAGGUUCUGGAGGGGCUGCAGCACCCUUAUGGAAUCACAAGGUUCUGGAGGGGCUGCAGCACCCUUAUGGAAUCACAAGGUUCUGGAGGGGCUGCAGCACCCUUAUGGAAUCACAAGGUUCUGGAGGGGCUGCAGCACCCUUAUGGAAUCACAAGGUUCUGGAGGGGCUGCAGCACCCUUAUGGAAUCACAAGGUUCUGGAGGGGCUGCAGCACCCUUAUGGAAUCACAAGGUUCUGGAGGGGCUGCAGCACCCUUAUGGAAUCACAAGGUUCUGGAGGGGCUGCAGCACCCUUGAUAAAUGUAAAUACAUCUGCCAAAGCUAUAGAAUUACUGCUGUCUGUUCAGAAAUAAAUGAAACCAUUCAGUAUGUCCUACUACACCAUGAGAAGGCCCAUAAUUUAGCCACAGAGGAUCAAUAG